AGGUCAUAACUACGCGCACUGACGUCACAAUUGCGACUAUCUCUCCCGUACCAAAACAAAACAUGUCGACUGCAAUGAAUUUUGGGUCGAAGAGCUUUAAACCUCGACCACCUGACAAAGGGUCGUUCCCACUGGAUCACUUUGGAGAGUGCACAACCUUCAAGGAGACGUUCAUGAAAUGUUUACAAGACAGCAGCUUUGACAAUUCUAAAUGCCGACUUCAAUCCAAAGCCUACCUGGAAUGCCGCAUGCAAAAUCAACUCAUGACAAAGGAACCACUGGAAAAACUUGGAUUCAAAGACCUGGCUGAUCCUCCUCCCAGCCAACACUGAGAACGCCACAAUGAAAAUAUGAUUUGUGUUUGAAAUGUGGAACAGAAGUGUGCAAGCGAGGUUGAUAGAAUGUUCCAGGAUUGUAUAUGAAAUUUAAUAUGCCUUUUGACAUAUACUGUAAAUAAUUAAAUCGUUUGUACUUUAACCAAGGUGUGUGUACAGCUUGAAUAUCUGUUUCAUUGACUUCAGAACUUCACCGUUUCACCCCCCCACCCAACGCACAGGACGAGUACACAUUUUGGUAUAAAAUAAAAUAAAAAAAACACUUAAAUCAUGCAAGGAUGUCAGAUAUGUGUGAUACAGUGCUACCUUAUGAGUUUUAUGAGAUAGACUUCAUCACUUGGCUGAUAUUUUGCUGCAUUUAACUGUAUGUUUAUGUUGUCAGGUAAAAGUUAGCUGACAUUUCUUUCUAGUUCGGAAACAUUAGAGAUAUUAUUUUAAAUAAAAUUCAAAUAUUUUUAGUCUACCUUAACAAUAAAGGAAUCCGCCUCACUGUUCAAAACAAUAACAAUUUAUAGCUGUCACUCCAGUAUUGACAAUUAAUCGUUGUGCUUAUUUACAUUUUUAACUGCUUAUAUAUAAUUUAUUGACAUGGCUGCAUGGAAUAGAUGUCUGACAAGACUUGCUUACUAUCAUAA